AUGCGUUCCUCCGAAGAUCUACUUGGGCAACUGAAGGAGUUUUCCAGCUCAGAAGAUGGUGGGUUUACUCUUCAGGUUUUGAGUUCGGCCGAGUUUUCGUAUGAAGCGGCUCUGGAGCGUUUGGCGAGACUUGGUUCCGCAAAUCGGCGAUAUGGCCAAGAGACUUCUACGUCGGAACCUGAUUGCAACGCCUACGAGUCGAAUUCGACAACCAAGAAUAUAAAGGUAACGGCCCUCGGAUCAAUGGUUGAUCUCGAAUGCCGGCUCUCUAUCUCCAGCAGCAUACGGGCCGACGAACUUGCCGCGGUUGGAGCGUUGGUUAGCCGUACAAUUGAUUUCGAGCAGUCUGCUGCCCGUGGAAGUCCCACGAUUGCUUCGGGGAUCGACCAAGUGGCGACUGCGCUGAACCAAGAACUGCCAAAAUGGGCUCACGGUCGCUUCCAGAAUUGCGUGUUUUUCCCUCAGCUCGGCUUCCUGACGGUUGUCGAGAUGAGCGGGGUUUCCAGGACUGACAUACUCCAAAAUGAUGGACUUCAAGACAAAAACUGGGAGGAGCGGUUCAGAGACAACGACCGUGUUUACUAUAAGAACAGGUAUAUGAAACAACUUGAUGAGCGAUUCGGCGAUGUCUACGGCAUGAUUGCGUCUGAGGCCUGCGGUGACCUCGAUAGCAUGAUGGCACUAGCUGCCGGCGCGGGAAAGUACGGAUGGACUUCGCCGGUGGUAACGCCCGACUCAAAUAUCAUACACAUUGAAGGCGGACGUCACCCACUCCUGGAGCUUGUCACGUCCCAAUAUAUCGCGAAUGAUUGCUUUUUGGGUGGAAGCGGUGACAACCGGAGGGAGCUUUGGGACGGCAGGGACUCUCCGGGUGAGCCGGAUAGCCAGAAUACCAUCAUGCUGAUUACAGGGCCGAACGAUUCGGGCAAGAGCAUUUACCUCAAACAAGUCGCUCUCACCGUUUACCUAGCUCACAUUGGUAGCUGUGUUCCAGCGAAGCGCGCCGUCAUCGGGAUCACGGACAAGAUCUUGACGCGUAUCACCACAAGAGAGAGUGCAUGUCGGGGAGAGAGCGCCUUCUCUAUCGAUCUCCGACAGGUUGCACUCUCUGUACAGGCAGCAACGCGGCGGAGCCUGGUCCUGAUUGACGAGUUUGGUAAAGGAACACUACCUGAAGAUGGAGCUGGUCUGAUGGGGGCGAUUAUCAACAGUUUCCUUGCAAGAGGCGAGGAAGCGCCCCGCGUUCUCGCAGCGACGCACUAUCAUGAACUUGUCGACGGCAACCACUUGACACCUGGUCGUAACAUCAGCCUCGCCCGGAUGGAGGUGAGGGUCAACUUGGAGGUCGGCAGUUUUGGUGAGCCGUCGGUAGUGUACCUCUACGCACUCAAGCAGGGUCAAGGCAUCUCAAGCUUCGGCACCUCAUGCGCGGCGGUGAAUGGCAUAGAUCGAUCCAUUCUGGGGAGAGCAGAGGUUAUUGCUGAUCUGCUUAGCCGGAACGCUGAUCUUCAGGUGUUAUGCUCAAAGCUGGGAGUCGCCGAGAAAAGGAAACUGGAGUCGGCGGAGGCGGUCGCCCGCCACUUACUUGCGAUGGACUUGCAGGAUGAAAGUGGAAGUCCACAUUCUGUUGGAGCCACCGGAAGCCGGCCGCAGGCGGCCGCUCACCCGCCGGGCCACUCUGGCGAUGCGUCUUUCCUAGAUUUACCUCCCUCUCCCUCCGCUUACUGGAAUCAGUCGUAUUCUAGUCGCCGCCGUGAAGCCGACUUUUACGAUGGGGAUGAAGGCGUCCAGCCCGAAUCUCCUAUUGACCCUUCCGCCUUACAGUUCGCGCUGCCGCCAAGCAUCGACACACCAUCCACUCCGCUCGCUCCAUACAGAACCGUUUCAACGGAUGCAUUUGACGCGCAAGGGAAUUAUUACGAUGAUCCGAACGCCGUCGAUAAUGAGUCCGACAUGGUCCCACUCACGUCGGGAGCGCAACCGAUUGCUGGGGCUCUGAAUCCACGUGCUGGCCAGGAUUCUACACCACGUUACAGCUUUCAGACAGUCUCCGAUAUUGAUAAUGGGCCGUCGAGGAGUCGCCAAACAAGGAUCGGGUUCGAUGUCGAGCUAGAUCCCGCUGCUAAUCAACAACAAGGUUAUGGAAAUACUCUUGCGCCUGGCGAUUUCCGCCAUUCCCGAACCCCAUCAACCUCGGGGGCGUUGUCUAGAGCCGGUUCGAUCGUUAGGGCAAUGUCGCAGAGAGUAGUUAAUAUUAGUGGUGAGGCUGAAAUAGUUGAUAGAAGGCCCAGCCAUCGCCGCCCAAGCUCCCAGACCGGCGUGGAACAAAGACGCACACAACAUCUGUCUAUCGGCCCAGACUUGGACACGUCUUAUCCCUCCCAGGUCUUUCCCGCACCCAACCUCGAGAAGAAGGCCUCCACUGACUUCGCCUUUGCGGAAGUUCGGUAUCCCGAGUCACUCCCGGUGGACAUGAUGAAUCCACUUAAAGGGAAGAGCCUGGGUAUCUUUUCACCGGAGAAUGCGAUUAGGAAAGGCCUCUGUGAACUCCUCAUACAUGCCUGGGCGGAGCCGGUCAUCCUUGUCCUCAUCGUUCUGCAGACAAUUCUCCUCGCCGUUGAAGCGGCGCCAAACGUCUUCGAGCCAGGAAAUGGUCGUCCGGGCAAGUGGGGAGAGACUAGGAUUGACUGGGCAAUGUUAGGGCUUUUCAUUAUUUUCACCCUGGAGAUCGUGGCCCGAAUUAUCGUGUCCGGGUUUAUUUUGAAUGCGGCCGAGUACAGUACCAUUGACCGAAAACGGGGUGUCAGAGCGGCAAUCGCCGAUCAAUAUCGCCUUAUUUUCCAACCUCAACGGCAGAAGUCCGUCAGGGGCGCCCGCCACACCCGACUUGAGCCAACGGCCCUUCCACGGUCUUUCACCUUUGCGCAGAGACAAACCAAGACCAUAGAGGACCAGCGAAGAUUCCAGCUAGCCCGCCGUGCCUUUUUGCGCCAUGGCUUCAAUCGCUUAGACUUCGUCGCCGUCGUUGCGUUCUGGAUAUCGUUCAUCUUGGGGAUAUUUGGACUUGAAAAGCAGCACCAUCUAUACGUUUUCAAGAUGCUCAGCUGCCUACGUAUCAUUAGGCUGCUAGCCUUGACAAACGGAACCGCUCAGGGAAAUCCCUACAAUGGAACUGUCAAUUUCGAUAACAUUUUCCAUUCCCUGGAGCUUGUUUUCGUCAUUAUGAGUGCCAACACCUUUUCAGACCUCAUGUACUAUACUAUUGAUUCAGACUACCCUCCCGCUGCCCUCUUCUUUGGUGCAGGCAUCAUGAUCAUGAUGCUUUGGCUUACCAACCUCCUGAUUGCUGUCAUUACUUCCUCCUUCCAAGUUAUCCGCGAGGAAAGCAAGGCAAGCGCGUUUACGGCCGAGGAAGAAGAUUCACCUGCUCUCUCCCAUUCCGAGGAUGUCCUAAAAAGGCCAUCAGUACUGCAGAAGAUGUAUGACAAGACGGGGCUGGUAUGGGUUUUCGUCAUCUCUUUCGCACUCAUCGCACAAUCUUGUCGAAGCGCCACGAUGAGCGAGACCAGGAAAUCGUUUAUCGACAACACGGAGCUGAUCGCAACUAUCCUGCUUGAUAUUGAAAUCGCCAUUCGCUUCCUCGCCAACUGGCGUCAUUUCCAUCGGAGCUGGAGGAAUCUCUUUGAUCUAUUCCUUGCCGUUACGACGUCUAUCAUCCUUAUCCCUCCCAUUCGACAUUCGGGGAGGCCGUAUGCCUGGCUUACCGUUUUCCAGAUCCUCAGAGCUUACCGAGUCGUCAUGGCUGUUCCAAUUACGCGAAAACUCAUCCUGCUUGUCCUGGGCAAUGCAAUGGGUAUUGGAAAUCUUAUGCUCUUCGUCUUCCUGAUCACCUUUAUCAUGGCACUUUUCGCAGUACAGCUAUUUAGAGGAGAAAUCCCCAUUUCCGAUGAGGGAGGAGAACUGUACCGAAUCACCUUCUCCACAAUAUUCAAUUCAUUCCUUGGCAUGUACCAGAUUCUAUCAAGUGAGAACUGGACUGCUAUACUGUACGCUGUUACGGCAGCUGGGAAUGGAUUCGACACUGCCUGGAUUGGCGCCGUCUUUCUCAUUGGAUGGUUCAUAUUGUCCUUCUUUAUUCUCGUGAAUAUGUUCAUUGCUGUCAUUCAAGAGAAUUUUGAUGUGUCGGAAGAUGAGAAGCGGCUGGAACAAGUAAAAGCCUUCCUGCAACGAAAAGAGCUGGGCAAAUCAUCCGGGAACCUAGCCUUGUCUACAAUCUUUAGCUUCGGAAGGAACAAGAAGAAAGUGAGAGAUCCACUCGAUUAUGGCCCGGCCAUGAUGGAAAUGCUCCUGAAGGACGCUGUGGUCCGCGAGUUUCUAGAUGACCCGAUGGACCCUCUCCAGGAAAGCCCCGGGCCGUCGUUACAACAUCCUCAACGGCAGUUUACGACCAUGGCAGGGGACGUCAAGCCUGGCGUCCUCUCGACUCUGUGGGGCAAAGUUGUGGCCAUGUUCUCUAGCCGGGAGCCGAACCCGUUUUACUCCAACAUACGCUUCGAAGGUCCAAACGACAACCUGGAUCCCAGGCAGAUGGCUCGACAAGCUGUCUCCGCAACCAGUGCUCGCCGCAGAGCGCAGCGCGAGUAUCUCGCCCGCCAUCCGAAUUACAACGUUUCUCUCUUUAUAUUCAGCCCCAAGAACCCGAUUCGACGCCUUUGCCAGAGGCUGGUAGGGCCCGGUCGAGGGAGCGAGCGUUUCGACGGCGUUGAGCCAAACAAAAUUGCGUGGUACACAUUUUCCGCCUUUAUCUAUGCCGUCAUUGUGGCCAUGGUUAUUCUAGCCUGUGUCACGACUCCACUUUACCAAAAGCAGUAUCGCGAAGAACACCAAUUUGGCCUUCAGAAUUGGUAUGUCUGGACAGACUUGGCUUUCGCCGGGGUCUUCACCGCGGAAGCAGUUAUAAAAGUGAUUGCGGAUGGGUUUUUCUGGACACCGAAUGCCUAUUUCCGCAGCUCGUGGGGUGUCAUUGAUGGCGUGGUACUUAUUACCCUUUGGAUCUAUGUUGCCACCCUUCUCGCGAAUGACGGGGCUGUUUCUCGCGCGGUUGGCGCCUUCAAAGCGCUCAGGGCGUUGCGACUCCUCAACCUCAGUGAUAGUGCAAGGGAUACGUUCCACAACGUCAUCAUCUGGGGUUUGUGGAAGAUAAUAGCGCCGGCGUUCGUUUCGAUAUCUCUCCUGAUUCCAUUUGCCAUCUAUGGCUUAAAUCUUUUCAGCGGGCUUUUGGUCUCAUGUAACGAUGAAUCCGACGACAUCGUUACCUUGAGGGAUUGCUUUGGGGAAUUUAGCAGCGCGCCUUACAGCGAAGACUGGCCGGUGUUGGCGCCCAGGGUUGCGUCGAAUCCACAUCUCAAUUUUGAUGACUUUGGCUCGGCGCUCUUUAGCCUUUUCCAGAUUGUCAGCCAGGAGGGCUGGGUCGACGUUUCCUUCUCAACUCAGUCUAUAACGGGCCUCGGGCUCCAACCUCGCCCUCUGGUUGCGCAAGGAAACGCUGUCUUCUUUGUUAUCUUCAACCUCCUUGCCACCGUCUUCGUCCUGACGCUGUUCAUCUCCGUCUUCAUGCGUAACUAUACAGAGCAAACUGGCGUUGCGUUCUUGACGGCAGAGCAAAGGUCCUGGCUGGAGCUACGGAAGCUUUUAAGGCAAAUUUCCCCAUCGAAAAGUUCCUAUGAUGAUUCAGAGAAGGCGUGGAAGAAGUGGUGUCACAAGAGGGCCAUAGAGAAGCGAGGUGUGUGGUAUACCUCGAUCACGUUCGUUCUCGUAUGUCACCUUUUCCUACUGGUCAGCGAGUACAGCAACGAGCCCGAGCGGUGGACGAAGAUAAGAGACACGCUCCUUUUUGUCUUCAUCCUUUUCUACAUGGCCAACGUUGCUGUGCGAAUCAUCGGCUUGGGAUGGUCGCGGUUCCGAAGGAGCUCAUGGGAUCUAUAUUCCCUGGUGGUUGUAACUGGAGCCUUUGGCGCAACUUUGGCGCUUUUGAUCAGCAAGACUCGGCAGGAAACGUACGUGCAGUUGCACAAGUUUUUCCUUGUCGGAAUAGUCCUGCUCGUCAUCCCAAGGAACGACGCGUUGGACCAGCUAUUCAAGACGGCGGCAGCCAGUUUGACAAAAAUCAGCAAUCUGCUGGCAACUUGGCUCAUCUUCUUCAUCAUCUUCGCCAUUGCCCUGACCCAAACAUUCAGCUUGACCCGUUUUGGAGAAGAGGGUGGUAAUGGGCUCAAUCUCCGCACGGUGCCGAACGCGCUCAUAUUGCUCUUCCGCAUGAGUUGCGGCGAGGGUUGGAACGAGAUUAUGGAGGAUUUCGCAGACAUUGAGCCGCCAUUCUGCGUGGAAGGCGACGACUUCUUCAAUAGCGAUUGCGGAAGCAAGCCAUGGGCGCGGUUCCUGUUCGUUGCCUGGAACAUCUUGAGCAUGUACAUCUUCGUCAAUCUCUUCGUCUCCCUGAUCUACGAGAGCUUCAGUUAUGUAUAUCAGCGAUCGAGCGGGUUGGCUGUCGUGGAUCGAGACGAGAUUCGACGCUUCAAGGAGGCAUGGCGGAGUGUUGAUCCGGCCGGGACGGGGUUUAUCAGCAAAGAAGCUUUCCCCCGUCUCCUGGGCGAACUUUCGGGGGUCUUCGAGAUGCGCAUCUACGACGCCGACGACUCGGUACGGCAGAUCUUGGAGGACGUGCGAGGUGAUACGACAAGCGCUAGGCACCAGUCCAUUGGAACAAGCGUAGGAACGGGAUACAACACGGGCAUAGAUUUGCAGAAGCUGAACGAGAGACUCGCUCAUAUUGAUGUGCCGAGCGUGCGGGAGCGGCGGCGGCGUUUUAAUCUCUUCUUUGAAGAGGUGAUGGUUUCUGCGGAUCCCGACAAAGGAAUCUCGUUUACGACGGUGCUGAUGAUCAUUGCUCACUAUAAUAUCAUUAGUGAUAGCAAGAGUCUGAGGCUCGAGGAAUUCCUCCGCCGACGCGCGAGACUACAGAGGGUAGAGGAGGAAGUUAGAAGGAGGGUUGUGCUCGGAUUUUUCGAGACUCUGUACUGGUCGCGGCAAUUCCAGAGGCAUAUGGAGCGGAAACGAGCGGGCAGGAUGGCGGGGGUUCCACAACUUGGCAUUCCCGACAUCCUCGUCGACGACGAAGAGGUGGUUAGUGGGGAUGACCGUUCAGACAACGGUGAUGGCCAGGAUAAGCGGACAAGCCUCAGGGCCGAGGCAUCCGGAUCUGCCCAACGAUGGAGUUGGGCCAUGGGCCCCGGGGAUAGAGGGUCGUACGAGCAGGGCGCCGCUCAACAUCCUCUCAGCGCGCCGCGACUUUCACCCACCUCGCCGACCCAGCCGGGUUCCGGCUCGGGGUUCAAUUUCGAGGUACAAACGCCGACGGGAGAGGAACCUAGCGGGAGGCUGUCCGUCAGCGGCGGGGACGUUAAUAGACCGGCUCGGGCUGUCGGUUCCUCUAGGGUGGAAGAUAUGCUGGAUGACUCGGUCUGGGUGGAAAGUAUCCGCCGCAGCGCCACCAUUCGGCGGUCGGAUAGAGGGUCAUACCGAUAUGGUGAUGGCACGUAA